AGAAGUUUACUUUAAUCUGGGUCAAACAGUCUGCGUCAAACCAACAUGCCCACCAAGGACGUAUCUGGUGACCGCAUCUCCAAGUUCAAAAACAAAGGAAAAGAUCCAGCAAAACGUCGGGAGAAGAGGAUCACUGAGUGCGUGGAGCUGCGUAAAGCUCAGAAACACGACAGUUUCCUGAAGAGAAGAAACAUAACCCUGUCCUCUCUCCCUGAUGAGGAGGCGCUGUCACCUCAUAAAGACCUGGUGGGAUACAAGCUCGAGGACAUCGUUCUGGACGUUAACAGCGACAGCAUAGAGGCUCAGACCCGAGGCUGUCAGGCAGCCAGGAAGCUGCUGUCCAAAUGUCAUGAUCCUCCCAUGAAGGAGAUUAUCGAUGCUGGCCUGCUGGCCCGUUUCGUGUCCUUCCUGUCCCUGGAUGAUGAGCCGGCUCUGCAAUUUGAAGCAGCCUGGGCUCUGACCAACAUCGCCUCUGGAGCCUCUUGGUGCACCCAGCAGGUGGUGGAACACGGGGCUGUACCAGCUUUCAUCGACCUGCUGGCCUCUCCCAUGCUGCACAUCAGUGAACAGGCUGUCUGGGCUUUGGGAAAUAUUGCAGGUGAUGGUCCAGUUUACCGAGAUGUUCUUAUUGAAUGCAAUGUCAUCCCAGCACUGUUGGCUCACUUCUCUCCAGACACACCAGUUGGUUACCUGCGCAACCUGACCUGGACGUUGUCUAAUCUGUGCCGAAACAAGAACCCAUAUCCACCUUUGUCAGCAGUCCAACAGCUGCUUCCUCCUUUAAUCCAGUUGUUCCAUCUCUGUGACAAGGACAUCUUGUGUGACGCAUGCUGGGCUAUCUCUUACCUGACAGAUGGCAGCAACGAUCGCAUUGACAUCAUCGUAAAAACUGGCCUUCUCCCUCGACUGGUGGAGCUCAUGAGCCAUGAAGAGUUUCGUGUUGUGACCCCGGCGCUCCGUGCCAUUGGGAACAUAGUGAGUGGUUCAGACCUGCACACUCAGCUGACGAUUGAUGCAGGAGUUCUCAAUGUCUUGCCGAAGUUGCUGCGGCACAAAAAGGCCACCUUGCAGAAAGAAGCGAUGUGGACUCUGUCGAACAUCGCUGCAGGCCACUGUAAACAAAUCCAGCAGCUCAUCACCUGUGGCCUGCUUCCUCCUCUUGUGGAAGCGCUGAGGAAUGGAGACUUCAAGACUCAAAAGGAAGCCGUGUGGGCAGUGACAAACUUCACCUGUGGGGGCACUGCAGAGCAGGUGGUCCAGUUGGUGCAGAGUGGAGCCCUGGAAGCGAUAUUAGACCUGCUGCAGGUUAACGAUGCCAAAGUAAUUUUAAUCAUCCUCGAAGCCAUAAACAACAUAUUCACGGCUGCAGGGAAGCUUGGGGAAACAAAGAAACUGAGUCUGCUGAUUGAAGAGCUGGGUGGACUGGAGCGAAUGGAGCUGCUGCAGAGCCACGAGAAUGAUCUGGUGUACCAGGCUGCACAAAACCUGAUCGAGACGUUCUUCAGCAACGAUGACGCUGAUUAGGUUCCGGUCGACUCUCAACCAAAUGCAUUUCUGGUUGACGAUGGUCAGACUACCUUCAAAUUUUAAUGUUGUAUUUUUGAUAUAUUCAUGUUUAACAGGAAACUUGAUUAGUGUGAAUUUCACAGGCUGAAAAUAUCAGUUUUAAGCAGCACACAGUAAAUGUACAUUUUUAAAUGCAACUAAAUGAAAUAAAGAAUUAUUUGAUAUGCAAUUAA